AUGGGAUUGGCCGGGAGGCAGUACUGCUCCUUCAAGGCGAUGCUGACAGUCAGUGCCCUCCUGGCCCACCUGCCCAGGGCCACGACCACAGUGGUGGCCAAGUGCCCCGACCAGAGCCCUGAGCUGCAGCCCUGGAACCCUGGCCAUGACCGGGACCAGCACGUUCACAUCGGCCAGGGCAGAGCGCUCCUGCUGACCUCGUCUGCCACCGUCCACUCCAUCCACAUCUCAGACGGAGGGAAGCUGGUCAUUGAAGACCACGACAAGCCCAUUGUUCUGCGUACCCGGCACAUCCUGAUCGACAGUGGAGGAGAGUUGCAUGCUGGGAGUGCCCUCUGCCCUUUCCAGGGCAACUUCAGCAUCGUCCUGUAUGGCAGGGCGGACGAAGGUACCCCGCCGGACCCUUACUUCGGCCUGAAGUACAUUGGCGUCGGCCAAGGAGGCACCCUGGAGCUGCACGGCCAGAAAAAGCUGUCUUGGACGUUUCUGAACAAGACCCUUCACCCGGGUGGCAUGGAGGAAGGAGGCUACUAUUUUGAAAGGAGCUGGGGUCACCGUGGAGUCAUCGUUCAUGAAAUUGACCCCAAAUCAGGGACAGUCAUCCAUUCUGACCGGUUCGACACCUACAGAUUCAAGAAGGAGAGCGAGCGCCUGGUCCAGUAUCUGAAUGCGGUGCCCACCGGCAGGAUCCUGUCCGUCGCUGUGAAUGAUGAAGGGUCUCGGAACCUGGACGACACUGCCAGGAAGGUGAUGACCAAGCUGGGCAGCAAGCGCUUCCUGCGCCUCGGAUUCAGACACCCUUGGAGUUUCAUCACCGUGAAGGGAAAUCCGGCUUCGUCUGUGGAGGACCACAUCGAGUAUCACGGUCACCGAGGCUCCGCCGCCGCCCGGGUGUUCAAACUGUUCCGGACGGAGCACGGCGAGUACUUCAACGUCUCUUCAUCCAGCGAGUGGGUUCAAGACGUGGAGUGGACGGAAUGGUUCAUCCACGACAAAGUGCCACACGCCAAAGGCGGCGAGAAGAUUUCAGACCUCUGGGCAGCUCACCCGGGAAAAAUCUGCGUUCGUCCACUGGAUAUACAGGCCACGACAGUGGACGGAGCCAACCUCACCACUGAGGUCGUCUACAAAAGAGGCCAGGAUUAUAGGUUUGUGUGCUACGCCCAGGGCCACGCCUGCCAGAGAUACCGUGUGCGGUUCCUGUGUGGGAGGCCCGUGAGGCCCAAACUCACCGUCGCCAUCGACACCAACGUCAACAGCACCCUGCUGACCCUGGAGGACAACGUGCGGUCGUGGAGGCCUGGGGACACUGUGGUCGUCGCCAGCACCGAUUACUCCAUGUACCAGGCGGAAGAGUUCGAGGUGCUUCCCUGCAGAGCCUGCGCCCCCAACCAGGUCAGAGUAGCAGGGAAACCGCUGUACCUGCACACCGGGGAGGAGGUGGACGGCGUGGACAUGCGGGCCGAGGUGGGGCUCCUGACCCGGAACAUCGUGAUCAUGGGGGAGAUGGAGGACGGGUGCUACCCUUACACCAACCACACCUGCAGCUUCUUUGACUUCGACACCUUCGGGGGCCACAUCAAGUUCGCGCUGGGCUUCAAGGCCGCACACCUGGAGGGCGUGGAGCUGGUGCACAUGGGGCAGCAGCUGGUGGGCCAGUACCCCAUCCACUUCCACCUGGCGGGGGACCUGGACCAACAGGGCGGCUACGACCCGCCCACCUACGUCCGGGACCUGUCCAUCCACCACACCUUCUCCCGCUGCGUCACCGUCCACGGCUCCAACGGCCUGUUGGUCAAGGACGUCGUGGGCUACGACUCUCUGGGCCACUGCUUCUUCACGGAGGACGGGCCAGAGGAGCGCAACACCUUUGACCACUGCCUCGGCCUCCUCGUCAAGCCGGGCACCCUGCUGCCCUCCGACCGCGACAGCAGGAUGUGCAGGGUGAUCACAGAGGACUCGUACCCAGGGUACAUCCCCAAGCCCAGGCAGGACUGCAACGGCGUGUCCACCUUCUGGAUGGCCAACCCCAACAACAACCUCAUAAACUGCGCUGCCGCAGGGUCCGAGGAAACCGGAUUUUGGUUCAUUUUCCACCACGUGCCGACAGGCCCCUCGGAAGGGAAGUACUCCCCCGGCUACUCGGAGCACAUCCCCCUGGGGAGGUUCCACAACAACCGGGCACACUCCAACUACCGAGCCGGCAUGAUCAUAGACAAUGGCGUCAAAACCACGGAGGCCUCCGCCAAGGACAAGCGGCCCUUCCUCGCUAUCAUCUCUGCCAGGUACAGCCCUCACCAGGAUGCCGACCCGCUGAAGCCCCGCGUGCCGGCCGUCAUCAGACACUUCACCGCCUACAAGAACCAGGAGCACGGGGCCUGGCUGCGCGGCGGCGACGUGUGGCUGGACCACUGCCGGUUUGCUGACAACGGCAUCGGCCUGACGCUGGCCAGUGGUGGGACCUUCCCCUACGACGACGGCUCCAAGCAGGAGGUGAAGAACAGCCUGUUUGUGGGCGAGAGCGGCAACGUGGGGACCGAGAUGACCGACAACAGGAGCUGGGGCCCUGGCGGCCUGGACCACAGCGGAAGGACCCUCCCCAUGGGCCAGAACUUCCCGGUCCGGGGCAUUCAGAUCUACGAUGGCCCCAUCAACAUCCAGAGCUGCACGUUCCGCAAGUUCGUGGCCCUGGAGGGCCGGCACACCAGCGCCCUGGCCUUCCGUCUGAACAACGCCUGGCAGAGCUGCCCCCACAACAACGUGUCCGACAUUGCCUUUGAGGACGUCCCGAUUACUUCCAGGGUGUUCUUCGGGGAGCCCGGGCCCUGGUUCAACCAGUUGGACAUGGAUGGGGACAAGACGUCGGUGUUCCACGAUGUGGACGGCUCCGUGUCCGAGUACCCUGGCUCCUACCUCACCAAGGCUGACAACUGGCUGGUCCGGCACCCUGACUGCAUCGACGUCCCCGACUGGAGAGGGGCCAUCUGCAGUGGACGCUACGCACAGAUGUACAUCCAGGCCUACAAGACCAGUAACCUGCGGAUGAAGAUCAUCAAGAACGACUUCCCCAGCCACCCUCUGUUCCUGGAGGGGGCGCUGACCAGGAGCACCCACUACCAGCAGUACCAGCCAGUCAUCACCCUGCACAAGGGCUACACCAUCCACUGGAACCACACGGCCCCCCCCGAGCUCGCCAUCUGGCUCAUCAACUUCAACAAGGGCGACUGGAUCCGCGUGGGGCUCUGCUACCCGCGAGGCACCAGCUUCUCCAUCCUCUCGGAUGUCCACAACCGUCUGCUGAAGCAGACGUCCAAGACGGGCACCUUCGUGAGGACCCUGCAGAUGGACAAGGUGCAGCAGAGCGUCCCUGGCCGGAGCCACUACUACUGGGACGAGGCCUCAGGGCUGCUGUUCCUGAGGCUGAAGGCCCAGAAUGAGAGGGAGAAGUUCGCCUUCUGCUCCGUGAGGGGCUGUGAGAGAAUCAGGAUUAAAGCUCUGAUCCCCAAGAACGCGGGCGUCAGCGACUGCACCGCCACCGCCUACCCCAGGUUUGCGGAGAGGGCCACCGUGGAUGUGCCGAUGCCCCGGAAGCUGGUUGGCGCUCAGCUGAAGACAAAGGACCACUUCCUGGAGGUGAAGAUGGAAAGCUCCAAGCAGCGCUUCUUCCACCUUCUCAACGACCUGGCUUACAUCGAGGUGGACGGCAAGAGGUACCCCAGCUCGGAGGACGGCGUCCAGGUGGUGGUGAUUGACGGCAGCCGGGGGCGGGUGCUGAGCCACGCGAGCUUCCGGAGCGCCAUCCUGCAGGGCAUCCCGUGGCAGCUCUUCAACCACGUGGCGGCCAUCCCUGACGGCUCCAUCGUUCUCGUGGCUUCGAAGGGAAGGUACGUCUCCAGAGGCCCAUGGACUCGCGUGCUGGAGAAGCUCGGGGCGGACAGGGGGCUCAAGCUGAGAGAGAAAAUGGUAUUCGUUGGCUUCAAAGGCAGCUUCCGGCCCACCUGGGUGACUCUGGACACCGACGACCACAAGGCCAAAAUCUUCCAGGUGGUGCCCGUGCCUGUGCUGAGGAAGAAGAGGCUGUGAGGACGGCUGUCCCCAGCCCCCACCUGGACUGCGGGGGUGGACUCUUGGCAGCAGACCAGGGCAGGGGGCUGUCCCCCCCAGCCCCCGCCCAGCAGCUGCCUGGGGCCCCUGGUGCCUCCUGCCCCUCCACGUGUCUACCUGCAGCCCGGGCGGCUUGGCCGGUGCUGGAGGCCUGGUCUCCCUGCAGCCUCCUGGGCGCUCCUCUCCCAUCCGGUCUCUUUGGUGGGGGGUGGAGGGGCCACGCUGGCAGCAGGGUCCACUCGGCAGGGAUGCGGACUGGGUGCUGGGCCCCUCACAGACCCAUGUUCCCAGCACACGUUAGGGGUAGAAGGAAAAG